AAACGGUGUUCGUCAGCCUUGGAAGUAACGUUAUUACUAAGGCUAUUUGGAACCAAACUAAUUUUCGGGGAUUGGCUACAUGGAUGCGAUGCAUUAACAAUUUCUUUAAAAACAUAGACACAAGAGGCACAAAAUAUCAUGAAUGCACCUGCCACGGGAAUCCAGAUAUAUUUCAACUGACCAUAAAUGACAUAGAAUCUUCAGUUGAGGGUGUAUACAGAUUGGAACUUAAGCUUCCAAACAGUGCACUGGAAAGCAAAAAUAUAACUGUUUAUGUUUUAAAUGACAUUAAUGCAAUUGGGAAGGACGAACUUAACUUCUUGCGCUAUAAAGAAUGUGACAACAUUGCAAAAGAAGCUCUUCGGAUUACGUUUGAAAGAUAUCUUCAUCAAAGCGGCACUGACCUUGCAACUCAUCUUGCAGGAUAUCAAAACCAUUUAAUAUCCAUAAAAAAGCUAAAUCCUUAUCAGAUCGAAAUUCUUUAUCCAAGUGAUGGGUCACUUGUCUCCACAAGGACGUUUGAUGUUUCAAUUCUUUACACAUUAUUGCGAAACACCACAAGUAUUAAAAAACCAAAAAACAACUGGAAUCAUGAACCACCUUUGGAAAGCAUCGACAAAGCGGAUGACGUUGAAAGAAUUCAUCUGUUUAGAAAUUUGGUUGCUCAUUGUACAAAUAAAAAACUUUCCGAUGACGAAUUCGAGGAAAAAUGGUUCGAUUUGUCAACGGCAAUCGAUAGACUUAGUAAGGGAAAAUUAAGGAAGCCAUUAUGCCAAUUAAGAAACAAAAGGUUCGAGCAACAAAAAGUCAGCAAGGAAAAAUUGUAUAGAAGACAAAAUUUCACGGACCCAUACACAGAAAUCAUAUCGAAAUGGCAGUUGCAGGAUAAAUUAUUCUGCAAGGAGCUACGGUUGGUUGAAAAAAAAGUUUGA